AUGUCAGGAACCAAAUCAGAAUCAUCGAAUGCAGUAGUUAAAUAUCCAUGGUGGUAUGGAGGUGUAGGAGGAAUCGUUGCCUGCAUCAUUACUCAUCCGCUAGACCUCGCAAAAGUGCGACUACAAACAGCAGCCCGUCCUAAACCAACACUAUUCUCCAUGAUCCAGAGAAUACUAAAGAAUGACGGCCCACUUGGUCUCUACUCGGGUCUUACCGCAUCAAUUUUGAGACAAUGCACCUACACAACAGCUAGAUUUGGGUGUUAUGAUUUCAUAAAAGAGAACCUGCUUCCUGCAGAUAAGUUGAACAGCACUCUGUAUCUACUUCCUUGUUCAAUGAUCAGCGGGGCCAUUGGAGGAUUUGUUGGAAACCCUGCUGAUGUUGUCAAUAUUAGGAUGCAAAAUGACUCUGCUCAUGAGCCUCAUCUAAGAAGGAAUUAUAAGAAUGCAAUCGACGGAGUGACAAGAAUUUUUAAAGAAGAAGGGGUUAGAAAGCUGCUCACAGGCCUUGGGCCUAAUUUAGUGCGGGGUGUCUUAAUGACAGCUAGUCAGGUUGUGUCGUAUGAUGUAUGCAAACAUAAUCUGGUCACAACGUUUGGCUUCGACGCAUCCGAAAAGAAAACUCAUUUCACUGCGUCCUUGGUUGCUGGUCUUGUGGCCACGACCAUAUGCUCACCUGCUGAUGUUAUUAAAACGAGGAUCAUGAAUGCUCAUCAGCACCAUGAGAGUACGCUCAAAGUACUCUCGUCUUCCAUUCGAAAUGAAGGGCUUGGCUUCAUGUUCAGAGGUUGGCUUCCAAGCUUCGCAAGAUUGGGUCCUAACACAAUUCUGAUUUUUUUGGUAGUUGAGCAACUAAGAAAGUAUGAAAUCGGCAUGCAUCAACAUUUCUAA